AGCGGUGUGGUGGGAGGCUGAGGGAAGGAUAGAGACAUGGAAACGCACAUCUCCUGAAUUCAGCUCACAGUCAGAACCUCGAUGCUGCUGCUGCUGUUGGUGCUGCUGGACUUUCUGAUGAUUCGGAGAAAAUCUAAAAUCGUGAGGCUUCAAGGAUGUUCUUCUCAGAUGGGACUCUCUCAGCCGUCACUUUUACGCUCCUGUUGGGAAUAACGUGUCUGACCGUCCUCUGCGAUCUCACCGUGGGCUCUCCAGACCUUUCAGGCUACCUGUCCAAAGUGUUGAGGAACUACACAGCAAAGGCUUGUGACGGAGACUUCCUGACUGUUCGCUGCCCUUCGCGCACCACCAUCACCAUACAGUCAGCUUUUUAUGGGAGAAGGGGUGCUUCUGAUCCCCAGCAGUGCCCUCAGACCUACCAGGCCCUCCUAAGUUAUUAUAACACUCGGGAGGAUGGUCGAUAUUGCUCUGUGUCCACUGCACUACAGAAAAUGCAGGACGAGUGCCAGGACAGAAGGAGCUGUCAAGUCCUUGUCAAUAGCCGCGUAUUUGGGAUGGACCAGUGUCCUGGCAGCAGUAAAUACCUAAUUGUGUGGUACAAAUGCAGACCUAAUGAGUAUAAGAAUAAGGUGGUCUGUGAGGAGGAUAAGAUGAGGCUAAGCUGCAAACAGGGUAUGCAGAUUGCUGUCUACUCCGCCAUGUUUGGCAGAACUCUGCAGGGCACCCUGGAGUGUCCCCUUCACCACAGGAGGGCCCCAUCAGUAGAGUGCCAGUCAUCUGUGGCUCUGCAGGUCCUUACGGCGCGCUGCCAGGGAAAGAAAACCUGUCUGAUCCGAGCGUCCACAAGAGAGUUUGGAGAUCCGUGUUACGCUGGCACCAGGAAGUACCUCAGCGUCAUCUACACCUGUGUCCCAAAGAAGUUGCUGCACGAGCAGGACCCCAGACCACCAGCCUACCACCCAUCACCCAGCGCCCACGACCCUAACAUAGUGGGAGACAGCCCUCCAGAAGGGAGCUCAGUCAAAAGCCCCAACACUGUUCCAGAAAGGAAGAAGCCCAGGGAGACAAACGUUGACGAGGAAAAGUCUUCAGAAAACGGAAAAGGAGAAGAAGAAAGUCCGCUGCGCCCCCCGGACAUGAAUCCCAUCAUCAACUCCACCUCUAGUGCCAACAUGGCCCUUAUCAGCAACGCACUGGCAGCCUACACUUACAUAUCAGACCACCCGGAGAGGGCUGCACUAUUCUUCGUCUGUGGUGUGUGCUUGGGCCUCUUCUUGACCCUCUUCGCCCUGGUGGUCCAGAUCUCCUGUCGAACCGACUGCCAGCCCCGCCAGCGGCCCCCCGCCAAGAAACGGCCGCGCCCUCCUGACUCGUCCUCCGAUUCCAGCGACUCAGACUCAGACUGGGACACCACCUCAGAUCUGUCGGCACGGAGACACCGACGCUUUGAGCGAACGCUCAACAUGAACGUGUUCACCUCAGCGGAAGAGCUGGAAAGAGCGCAGAGGCUCGAGGAAAGGGAGCGAAUCAUCCGAGAGAUCUGGAUGAACGGGCAACCAGACAUCCCAGGCACACGGAGCCUCAAUCGGUAUUACUGAGGACUGCUGAGGGACGUUUGAUAGGCGGCUUACUUGACUUGAACAAAAAUUUAAGACACACUUGGGUCGGAGUGGAAAGGGACAAGGCCUUAAUGAAGCUUUAUAAGCAAGAAUGCGAAAGCAGCUGGACUCACACUGAUGAGAAAAGUGGAAGGUAUUACAGACUUGAAAAGAAAGUCCUCCUUCUCUGCUGAUUUGCAUAUUCCUCUGGGUAUCAUAAGCUACUCCCCUUUGAAUAAAACAUGAAGCUCCCAAUCUAUAUGGUAAGCUUUACCUCUUGGCUGGCGGAAGCAAGAGGUGAAAGGCUGCACUGCCUUACCCAUGACCUCCGCAGGCCUUUUUGAAGUGGGGAUUUAUGGGUUAGCUGUCUUAGACAUACACAGACCUGCAGAGGCUACAUGGUGACUGAAGGACCAAGGCCUCAGACAGGCCUGUUUAUAUAGAAGGCCAGGCAGCUGGAAGAGACUGUAACGCUUACAGCUUUAUGCUCAGUACCCUCCAGUAUUCAAGUGUGAACUUCAGCAGAGGGGUAGCGUAAAGCAAGUGCACUUGACAAUGUAAGAUAAUCUUUCCACAGUGAAUAACCAUGCUGCCUUUUGAGCUUUAUAAAAAAUAAAAAGAUAUUUUUUUGUGGGAAUUCAUCUCAGCCCGUAUGAAAUAUAUUUUAUAAUAUUUAAUAGUUUAUUAAUGUUGUGUAUUUUUGUUGUCAAGUAUGGUGUAUUAUGAGAUAUUUUUAUACUUGGCGAAGGUUGUCUGGUCUGGCACCUCAGGGAUGCAAUCCUAGUGUUUCUGUGUUUGGUUCAUUUUUUUUUUUCUUUUUUUUGUUUUCUGCUUAUUAAGAAGGGGAUCAGCCCAUUUAAACCGCUAUGCCAGCAUAUAAAGAGAAGAAUUAGAAAUAUCUUAUAAAGAGCCUCAAAGAGGUUUUAGUGAUUUAAACCUUAUUUUUGAUACAGUAUGUUUAACUCGCAGUGCAGUGCCUUUUCUAACAGCUACGUCUCUGUUGUCAAAGACGAAGCUGAUUUGUUUCUCUGUAACUGGUCAAAUUAUUUAUUAAUUGGAAAUCAUAAAUUCAUCUUGCCGUGUGUGUAUUCCCUUUGCUGAGGUGGACCACGUGUAAAGGCUGAAUGUCUGUUAAACAUUGCACUUGCUGUCCCCUCUGGUGUAAAUGUGCAUUACCAGAAAAUGCCAUUUUAUACCAGUAGCUUUACUAGAAAAUGUUUUUAUCGCCCUAAUUCAUAAAAGAUCGUGUGAAUUUCAGGUCUUGCGCCAGCCCUGUCUUCAUUACAAAGUGCUAAACAGAUGCUUGUGGGGACCCGGCACUGCAGAAAGUGGCAAAUCAUGCUGCGAUUUUAAUCUUAUAACCUGUUGUCAGUCCAGUUCUGUUUGUUCUGAAUUCAAGCAUAGAAAUUGUUUUCAUAAAUCAGCUUGGUAUUUUUAAGAGUAUAAUUGAAGAGUACACAGGACAUAUUAAGGUCAUCCUCAAAACACUCCUACAUUUCUCCUAGUUUUUUUUUACAAAGUCAGCUAUUGUGUUUAAAUUUGAAUGGGAUUAAAAUGUGCCAAUAACUGGUGAUGUGAGAGACCAAGAUAUGACU